AUGGAAGCACCAGUGGUACUACAACGCGCAGCGUGUCUGGCGUUUGCCUGUGCUUCGUUGUGGCUGCCUGCGUGCUUGGAGGUGGCGGCAGAGACAGCAGCGGGUGGUGCCGCUCGAACCUUGAUCGACGGGACCGAUUCAAAUAUUUACCACCUCGACCUGCUCGUACAGCAACCCUACGAUGCGUCCACAACAACGGCGCAGCCGCCCUGGUUCGAUGGGUUCGGCGGGCGGGACGGGGUAGCAGCGGUCACGGUCGGCCACCCGAUACAGCGGAUUCUGCUUCACUUGAGAGCGGAAGGGGUCGGGCUGGAGGAAGGCAUGUCUUGGCCCGAGCGAGGAGGCAAGCGCGCCGACGCUAGCUCCUCCUACCGGCAGGGCUACCAGCAGCUGGACAACUACCUCGUGCGCGUCCUGGCGGGGAAGUCAGCGUGGGACCUUCCCCCCGGCCGCGUGGGGAAAAGCGAGCUGCAGGCCGCUCGGAUCGCGCUCGGAAAGUUCGAGGUGCUGUUGAGGGCGGACUGCCUUGCCGUGGACCUGCCCCUCCUGCAGCCCUAUCUGGCGAAGGCUGUUCCUGCGGCCCAAGUCGCGGACGCCGCUAGAGAGACGGAGGAUCUGCUAGAAUCCGGAGAAGCACACUAUUUGGUCUUCGGGAAAGAGGGGGGCAAGCUUUUGCGGGACAACCGUUGGGACCUUCAGCUCUGGGAUUUCGCGCACAAGCUGGUGGAGUCUAGGAGCACGACAGCCGAGGGCUACCUGUGCGGGUCUUCCGCCUCCGCGAGGCGUCAGAGGAUGCCCGGCGACGGGAGGCGCGCCGUGGUGUACAACUCCCCGUCCUUCCACAUCACGGGGGUGGCCAUGUUCUCGUGCGUGCUCAUGUCGCUUGGCUUCGACGUAACCGCGGUCGUCAAGGAGCCCGGCGCGGGUUUCGAGCACCUGCUCCCAUGCCCGGACAGGGUGGUGGCCCUGAGCGAGCACUACCUGAGGGACUUGCCUGGGGAGAUUCUGGACGAGGAAGCGGUGGCGGCGCUGUCCCUGCCCGAGAGCCUGACCGCUGAGCAGGAGGAGGAGCGGCUUCGGCAGCAGCAAGUCGGGGGAGAGCAAGGGGGAUACCCGACAGGGCGGGGGGGACAGAAGAGGCGCGGGGGGGAGGCAGGGAGGCGAAGGGGGCCUGCCUUGGGCGGUGAUGGCGAUGGUGAUCUCGGCGCGUUAGACGUCGGAGUUGAGGAGGGGUCGGAUCGGCAGGGGUCCCGUGCCGCGGCUGCCGUAGUGGGGGGAGACAGCUCACGAGGGCUCGGCAGUGAGGAGUUGCGGCGGCGGCGGCGGCGGAAGGAGGAGGACGAGAGGGGCGGGGGGGAAGACGUCCAGGGGACGGGGAGAAGAAGAGAGCUGACCGGUAGCGAAGACGGCGGCGGCCCGCGCGCCGUGGACGGCAGGGGUGGUGCGGGGCAGCGGGAAGGGGGCGACGCAGAAGAGAGGCACGGCAGCAGGGGGUUGGGUGGUGCCGAGCUCAGCGGCAGGGUGUCGGUGGCGGCGGGGGGCGACGGGAGGCAGGUCGAGGGUGGAGAAGGAAGGGGCGGAGGUCGGGGUCGGGGAGGCCCGUUCGAUCUGUCGGUGCUGUGCACCGCGGUGAACGACGUGAAUCACCUCCUCAAGGCAACGUACCCGGUGGACCCGAGGCUGGCGGACGCCUUGCUGUGGGACGUCGACGUCUCCAUCUGGAACGUGCACAGCGUGGAGGGGGCUUUCCGCUCCGACCACAGGAUGCCCCCCGCCGUGGACGACUUCGCGAGGGGGGUUCCGUCGUCUUCGGAGAGGGGCGGCGGCGGCAGGACCCCCCCCCUCACUUUCCUGACUCUCUACGGGGAGUGGGAACGCUGGUCGGAGGAGGCGUACGAGGGGUGGGGAUGGGACGCCGACCACCACCCCCACCCCCACGGCACCUCCUCCUCCUCCGACGCCGAAACAGCAACGGAGGAGGGCCAGGGAGCGGAAGGAGGAGCUCAACAGGAGGAGGAGGAGGAGGAGGAGGAGGAGGCGGGGUACCUCGACGACAUGGAGAGGGGGAAUUCGACGUUCGGGGCACUGUUUCGCCGACCGGGGGUAGUGUACCCCAUACACCCAACGGGGCACCUGAGGCUGCCGCGGCCCAAGCGGCCGUUUGCUGGCCGACAGCAGCGGCGGCACCUCAGCGAAAGAAGAGAGGAGGAGGAGGAGGAGGAGGAGGAGGAGGAGGAGGAGGACGACGGAGAGGAAGAAGGUGUAUGA